AUGGAGAGAGUUGGUCGGAGUGAGCAUGUGUCGAUGAGGUUCGGUCAUUCACAGAGGUCGUUCGAAAAUGGAGCAAGUUCUUCUGAUAUGGCGCAUGUGAAGAACCACGACAACGAUAACGACAACGACGUCGAUUUCGAUGACGUGUUUGGCGGACCUCCGACGCGGACGAGGUACAGUUUUGGUGGUGGAAGAAUCAAGUCGUCGGAGGAGUCCACCAGUUCUCCGUCUGGAUUGGGUGAACGGCCGGUUUUCGGUGAGUCGUAUAGUUCGCCGAGAAGACCUACCAGUGAUGAUUUCUACAACGAUAUUUUCAGGAGUAGUAGUGAGUCUGUUCGCUCGCCGAGAUGGUCUUCUCCGACGCCUGGUUCGAGAUCGUUAAGCCCUACUCACCCUAAAAUUGAGCCCUUCGCCAAUUCAAUUCCUACUGAAUUCAGCCUGCCUCCCAGGAUGAACAAAGCCGUAGACAUUCCUGUAUUUGGUUCAAAUCCACAUUCAUCCACCACCAUUCUCUCGAGAUUUUCAAGCCCAACAACCAAAGGGCGGGAUGUUUUUGGAAAUAAUCAAGAACAACAAUCCACAGAAAAGGAAACAGGUCACAAAUCAAACCCCAGAACAGCAAGAACAGGAUCUCCAACCCUAUCAAUGGAAACCAUGCAAGAUUCUUCUUUCCAAAAUGAUAAAUUAUCUACAGAGAAAGAAGAUAUCAACCCUCCUUCUGCAACUUUAAUGGAAUCCAUUGAGAAAGAAACCUCAAUCAUGAAACAACAAGUUAAUGAAACCAAAGAACAAGGUUAUGAAGAGGCUGCUUCCAUUGAUGUGGAAAAGAAAGAAACAAUUAGUGGUGUUAUUGGUAAGAAGAAAGUUGAGGUGAAAAAGAUGAAUAAAUCUGUUAUUGGAUCACCUAAAAAUCGAGUCAAAGGAAUGGUCAAAGAUUUCUUCAAGAUAUCAAAUCAAGAAAAAAGUCCUCCAAAGACCAAAACAAAUGUUGUCCAUGGAAGUUUAAGCUCUAGAUGGAAGACAACUGCAAAAACCCGAACUCAUGAAGAAGUUAGUGGUAAUCAAGAAAAUGUAGAAAUGGCAAAAAAUGCUUCAAAUAAAACAUUUGAUAGUGAAAUACCUGAAGAUAUUAUGAAAAUGGUGCCUGAUGAUGAUGAUGAUGAUGAUGAUGUUGCUUCAACCACAAUACCAUUGGAUAAUAAAGCGCCUAAAGAAAAUAUAAAAAUAAAAAUAAUACCAGAUGCUUCAUCUACAACAAAAAAUGAGAAAAUAGUUCCAGAUGUUUCAAGAACUACAUCAUUGGAUACCAAAAUGAGUUCAGAAAAUGUGAAAAUGGCUCCAGAUGCUUCGUUUAUGGUGGGGGGAAAAAUUAAGAAGUCCAACAAGCCAAAAUUUCCACAGAAUCGUCCAAUUAGAAAGCUCGAAGAUAUUUACUUUCAAAAGGAAGCUUCACCCGCUUUUGAAUCCGUUCCUCGUGUCUCAAAGGUUAAUAUUGAAAAUACAGACGAUCCCUCCUUAGAUAACUUCCACGUAGAAGAAUUGCCUUCUGUUGAGGACGAAGUUUUAAAAAAACAAGAAGAGUCUCUCGACACUAAAGGUUUGGAUUCGAAGAUCCAUCAUUGGUCAAGUGGAAGAAAAGGAAACAUUCGCUCACUACUCUCCACUUUACAACUUGUGCUUUGGGCAGAUAGUGGAUGGAAGCCAGUGGCACUUGUUGAUAUAAUAGAAGCAAAUGCGGUGAAAAAAGCGUACAAUCGAGCAAUGUUAUGUUUGCACCCGGAUAAAUUACAGCAAAAAGGUGCGGAUUCGAAUAAAAAGUAUAUGGCGGAGAAGGUGUUCGAUAUACUUCAGGAGGCGUGGGAUCAUUUCAACUCACUUGGUACUCUCAUUUGACCAUCAAAGGGCCCAUUCUGCCAGGAAUCAAAGAUGUUGACCUUCACCAUGGCCCACCACCAAAAAAGACAAUGUUUGCAUUGUGAUUUGUGAAUGUGAAUACCAUCAUUAUGAAGUUUUGGAUAUGAAACAACUCAAACAAGUUAUAUUAUAUACCUCAACUUUGAAUUUUUUUUUUUUUUUUUUUUUUCUAU